AUGGCGACGGACGGAGCGACGACGUCGACACCCGCGCCCAUCUCGACGUCGGAGUGGUGGAAGGUGCACGGCGAGCCUCGACCUCGCGAUCCCGCUCUGCCGCAGCUCGACGUCGAAGAGGUGGCAUCCUGGUACCAGCCGGGUGACCGUGCCCUUCGACCGGGCGUCGAUUUCCUGAUUGUCGAUGUACGACGCUCCGAUUGCGAGACAAUGAUCCCAGGUGCCAUCAACCUACCGGCCCAUUCUCUGCCCCACUCCCUCCCCUCGCUUCUCCCCCUCCUCUCAUCGGUACCCCGCCUCGUGUUCCACUGCAACUCGUCCAAGGGAAGGGGACCCCGCGCUGCAGGCUGGACGGCCGACGCGCUCGACGACUACCGCGCCGCGAACCCCGGCGCCGAGGUAAAGGCGCAGGUCUACGUUCUCAAAGGCGGCAUCGUCGCGUGGAAGGAGAGAUUCGGCGAAGCGAGCCUCGAUCAGCGCGGCGCAAAGGUCGACGGUCUGCAGACGAGGCACCUCUGA